AUUCUCUCAUCAUCCCAUUCCCAUUACCAUUCCCAUUCUCAUUUUUCCUCUCUGACUCUGACUCUUUCUCUCUCUCAUUCUUGUUUCUCACUCAUUCCCAAAAGUCGAGAGCCUAUCGAUUUCAUGCCUGCAAAUUAAUCUCCAUCGCAUACUACCAAAAAGCAAAUGCUAAAUUUCUGAAAGAGUUAUUGAUGGCGAUAGUUUGGUCCCUUUCAUCAUCAUUACUACAAUAUAUAUAAUAUUUAUCGACCUUUUCAGAUCUUUAGGUUUUUCAAUUUCCCCACCUUUAAUUUGAUUAAUUUUCUACCGGAAAGCCAAAGACAAUACUUUUCUGAGCGAUUUCUUGCCGGCGAUGGACGGUGAGGAUUUCUCCGACUUCCUCGAGGAAUCUACCAACUUCGCAGCAGAUGACAUCUUCAGCAUUCUUGAAGCCUUCGAAAACUCCUGCAACAACAACAACAGUUCUACUGUUAAUGGUAAUAACAAUAAUGAUAAUAAUAAUAUUAAUGGAUCUGCAGGGUUGGGUGAAUCUGUUGCAGAUGGGAGUACUGGUUUUGAGUUCCAUUCUCCACUUCAUAAUCAAGAAUCGUUGGAGACUAAUAAUUCGCCUAAGAGACAGAAGCUGAUGAUGAUCAACCUUAAUAAUUCCGAAGAAGGGCUGCUGCAGGUGCAGAAGAUCUCACACAUUACUGUUGAGAGGAACCGAAGAAAGCAGAUGAACGAACACCUUGCUGUGCUUCGUGCUUUGAUGCCUUGUUUCUAUGUCAAAAGGGGCGACCAAGCAUCCAUUAUCGGAGGUGUGGUGAGUUACAUCACAGAGCUACAGCAGAUCCUCCAAUCCUUGGAAUCGAAGAAGCAAAGGAAAUCCUACGCCGAAGCCGCCGCCGUUUUAAGCCCUAGACUCUCCCCACGUCCCUCGCCGGCGGGAUUCAGCCCGCGGCGGCCGCCGUUGAGCCCCGGCGGCGCGUGCAGACUCAGCGGCCAGCUUCCGAUAAGCCCGAGAACACCCCAACCAAGCAGCCCGUACAAGCCGAGGCUGCACAGCAGCUACCUCAACUCCUCGCCGGCGGCGGCGGCGGCGGCGCCGCCGUCACUUCCCAGCCCCGUCGAUCUCUCCCCCUGCAGCAACUCCUCUACCUCCUCCAUCAACGAUAGCCUGAACGAGCUCGUCGCCUCUUCGAAAUCGGCCAUGGCGGAAGUGGAGGUGAAAUUCUCCGGCCCCAAUUUGCUGCUCAAAACGGCGUCGCAUCGCCUCCGCGGCCAGGCUGUGAAGAUCGUCGCCGCCCUUGACGAACUCGCCCUCGAAACGCUGCAGAUGAACGUCAGUACAAUCGACGAAACCAUGCUCUAUUCUUUCACGAUUAAGGUCGGGAUCGAUUGCCAGCUCAGUGCAGAAGAAUUGGCGGAGCAGAUUCAGCAGACAUUCUGCUAAUUUAAUCAAAGCUCUUGUCGAAACGACGAUGAUAUUAAUUGCACUACUGUCAGGUCCUUCCCAACCCUAACUGCCCUACUGUACCUUCCUCGCGUUUUCAAUUAAAAGCGCUCUUCUGCCAAUUGCGACAUCACUCAGCCAAAUGCGAGAAAGCGUGCUUUACUAUUAUUGUUAUUGGAGCAUUAUUUUUGUUCUCUUUAAAUUUUUAAUCAACCUGUAAUUGUAGAUUACGAUAUAGUCAAGUGGAUCCCUACUUUCUUUUCCCAUAUUUCAAAAUUUUCUGAAGGCCGGAUUAUUUAUUUAAUUAUUCAAAUGUUUUUAUUUAUUUCCGCCUCAUAAAUAUUCAUAGGUAAAUAACACAUU